AUGCCAUCCCCUCUUCCACAUAGUCGUCUUCUCCAUCUGGAAUUUUCUCCAUCUGUGGAAACACGACCCUGUAGUAGUCCCUUGGUGUUUCCUGCCAAACGUGAAAAGCUCUUGUUGGGGGAAGGUCCGUUGCAUAGGGCUCGUCGGCUACCCUCUCGUGUAGCUUGGUGUUCUAUAGACUGGGAUCAGUUGUGCCUGCUGCACCCCCUAGGCUCUGGUGGCUUUGGUUCUGUCUACAAGGCUACGUACCAUGGAGCUACAGUGGCUGUAAAGCAGGUAAAAAAAUGCAGUAAGAACCGUUUGGCAUCACGGCAGAGCUUCUGGGCAGAACUAAAUGCAGCACGCCUUGAUCACAAAAAUGUGGUGCGUAUAGUAGCUGCUAGCACAUGUGCCCCUGGCAAUCAGGAUAGUUUGGGCACCAUAAUAAUGGAAUAUGUAGGAAAUAGCACUCUGGACCAUGUUAUCUAUGGGACUGGCUGUAUAACAGCUAAAAGGAAAGAUGAUCAGCUGAGUAUAGCUGAGUGCCUGGGCUACUCCUGUGACAUUAUUGCAGGCUUAGUGUUUCUCCAUUCACAUUUGAUUGUGCAUCUGGAUUUGAAACCUGCCAACAUAUUCAUCACUGAACACAAUGUUUGCAAGAUUGGAGACUUUGGAUGUUCCCAAAAGCUACAGAACGCUGCAUCAGACCCACAACUUUGUCAACAAGGGGGAACAUACACCCACCGUGCUCCUGAACUCCUUAAAGGUGAGAGAGUCAACCCCAAGGCAGACAUCUACUCUUUUGCCAUCACCCUCUGGCAAAUGGUUACACAGCAAGAGCCUUAUUCGGGUGAGCGCCAGUAUAUACUCUACUCUGUUGUAGCUUAUAACCUGCGCCCUUCUCUGACUGCAGCUGUGUUUAGAGACUCAACAACUGGCCAAAGGCUUGAAACUAUAAUUGGAAGCUGUUGGAGAGCUGAUGUAGCAGAGCGUCCUAGUGCAGAACUUCUCCUUCACAAUCUUCAGUCCCUGUCUCUAAUAGUAUAA